AUGCACAUCACCACUCCAAAGAAGCGCCUUGCCCCGGCCGACUUCUUUGACGAAGAGUUCCUCAGCAACUCGCCCAGCCCCAAGAAGCACCGAGCCCCCGACCACGGGCGACAGAUCUUCCAGCUUGGCGGCGCAUGCUUCAAGAUAUUCGACUCCUCCGGUUGCGAACUCGACACGCAAAUCCACCUCUUCGAACUCAUGCAAGGAUCGAGCCCCCCCGAGACCAUUGUCGAGGCUGUCGGCGGCUCUGGCGGUUUUGUGGACUUGUGCUUCCAAUGGGAGACGCUCCUCUCUAUCUUGGGGACAGACAGUGUCGAAAUGGUUGAUCGAGAUUACAGGAUGCGGCUGGGCUCGCGUACAUGGCCCAUCAACCACCCUCGUGCCUGGGCAUACGCCAUCCAUGAUCUCAUGUCGCUCUUCAACGACGCCCAGCCAUCCAGCAAGUUUUGGCCCGCCGAGAUUGGUCCUGUUACGUCUUGGCCCGACCUGCGAGAUUUGCACCUUCGUCCAGACCUCUAUCUACACUGGCGCGCUACUUGCCAAUUCUUUUGUCACGACAUCUCGGAUACGCUUGUUGGGACGCACUUGCCCGGCUUCAGGAAGCCACUCAACCCUAUUGCCAUGGUCAAAAUCUUCCUCGCACUUCUUGCGCUGGCAAAACCAUCGCAUCAUCCACCGCCGCUCACCACAGAAGAGGAGGUGGCAAAGGUUGCCGUCAUUGCUCUCUGCUGGUCUGCUGUCGACCAGCACCUAACCGGGAGGCAUGGUCGGCGAUGUCCAAGUCGCACAGGCCACGACCACGACCACCUUGAAUUCGGCAUCCAGUGUCCUUGUACGUCACCUAGCCUUACCUACGACAUCUGGGUCAACACGGUACGAGCCCCAAGCGUCAUCUUCGUGGCCAGUAUGCAAGAUGUACAAUACGUAACACGUAUCCUGGCUACUCUCUUCGGCUCUGCGCCCGGUCAAGAACCCAUCAUCCCCUUCAUGUCUGCAGCCAUCUUCGGCGAGACUGGCUUAUCUGACGGGAAUCUGAUACCCAGCCAGACCCGUCCCCUGCUGGCGGCAGACUUUUUGGCCAGAGUAGCGCUGGUUGGCAACGCUCAAUCAAACAUACCGGAAUCCUCCACCCUCUCGCAUCUGAGGACGCAGAUACAGGUAAAGCCCCUGUCGCAUCCCAGCCUGUCCACCAGCCCCGACGAGAACCUUUGCCAAGAGAGGAUCAUUCUUGUCACGGCCCUGUCGCCCACCACUCGAAGCACGUUUGACAAAGUAUUCUCGGAGCCCACAAGCGUCUGGAUCCCAGGCCAUAAUCAACAGCCCAAGCUAAUAGUCAAUGGGAAGCUCCAGGCCAUGGCUAUUGGGUACGUGGGUCAGUUUCCGCAAGGCGAUGAAGGCAAUAGGCUAAAAGAGUUGAUUGCCCAUGUUUACCAACCUCGAUAUAUGGAUCGUGGAACUAUUAUGUUUAGAGAUUUGAACGAGUGGGUUACGAGGGUGUAA